UUCGGACGUCGGUGUAAACUUGCAGGUCGAUAACAAUAUGUGGACAUACUCGACACUCAUCUCAAACCAAACCAAACUAUUCAUUGCCGACAAGCUUGUCACAUCCUGUCACUCAAAGAUUUCCUUCUGCUUUCUCCCGUCGGUUCACAUGGCAUUGAAGUUUGCUCAAGGUCUCACUCCAUGAUCCACAUGCGUCUUCGAUCUCGCACCGCGUAUACGCGGCUCUCGCCUCUACAUUCGAUCUGUACACACGCCUCGCCUCUAGACACAACUCACGUUCCCCUCACCACGCCGCCAGUCCUCGCCGCGAAGAGCCGCACCCGAUUCCCAUCCGCGCCAUUCCUUCUCUUUUCCGCCUCCAAGGGCCAAUUCGGCAUCCCAGCAUUCCUCGGGCCCGCUCGACACGUCAUCUCGUACAGGCGCGCAGCGCCUGAUGCGCCGUUUCUAUUUGACGCUCCGCCGCCCGUAUUUCACACCCCGAGACUUGGAAGACGGGUGCCCAGGUCAAAAGACCGAACUGCUACCUCGCUAGCGCCGAGGCUGGAGGAGAUGCUGCUGGCCUGUGCGCAGACUGAAGCGGGCAGGCGAGCAUUGCUGAAGGCAGAUGUAGUCACGGAACGAGGUGUGCUCGGGAAGCUUAUGUCGAAUCGCAAGGGUGCCUUCGACGUGUCGUGCGCGCACGGCGUCCUUUUUAUGCAGCCCGCGGGGAUGCCAGUGCAUCGGGCCGCUAUGCAAUCACGAACAAGAUCGGACAGUUUUCAACGCGCUUGCACACUGCCACACGAUGGAGAAGUGCGCACGGUUGUACUGCGCACGCUAGGUGGUCUCAAUGUCCUGAUUUCAGGAAGCACGGACUGCUUACAAGGACGAACUCCUCUACAGCUAGUCGUCCGAUCUGUGGGCGCCGGUGACGCUAAAAAACUUCCCCGAAGAACAUGGAAGAAGUGGUACUUGCAGGCACAAAUGAUGGACGUUCCUUCGCUCUUGAUCGGUUCCGUUGGCAAUGAUGGAACCCUGUAUGCGACCGAGCGCGUCAAAGUGCAAGAGAUCCCUACAAUGCUCAGCUGGGACCCGACACUCGACUUCGGAUGGGCGCAGCGAGUGUUGAGUCUGAUCCGCGAUUACUGCCAGGAAGCCAUAGAUAUCUACGGGAGAUCAAGAAUGCUGGAUGCCGCGCCGUUUGUCUGGAGGGUGUUGACUGAUUCUGUGGCCGGAGAAAUCCGCAUCACCUUGCGUAGAGUGGAGAAAGAGGAAGAUGCGGCUCCUAGCAACUGGGGCAAAUACGGGAUUGUCCCGGAGGCUGUGGUGAAGGUGUAUGAGAGUUUUGUUUAACGUCCUGUUUCGUUACCUUUUGUCACCAAGACUCGGGAGAUGAUCAAGAUUCUCGUGUACACCCUCACAUCGCGCACUGCCUAGUGUAGACCAGAAUAACCUCGCUGCCUUCCCUCCUAUCGCGUCGAAGCGCCUUGGCCCUCUCUCUUAUGGUCUACUGAGCACGGAACCUGUCCAGGCUGUGCUGUCGCUGUGUCCCGGAGUAAUAGCAGCAACAGCGGGACGAGCUCGAACGGGUACUCUUACCAAUCGCACCCGACUUCCAUUCAUCGCUCUUUUUUCUGAAUUGCGCCCUGCCGAACGACAUGUAUAUGGAUACAACCUUGCUGCGUCAAGGAUGUCAUUGAAGUUCAGCAUCUCUGUCGAACUCACAAAUGGCCGGCAACACACCGUCCGCCUGUCUCUGCGAGCGUUAAAUAUCGAACGGAGCCUCUGUGAAGCUGUGUCUUCAACUCUCCAUUGAUCCAAGGAAGCUGGAGUUCUCCGUGUUCCUGUUCCCCGGGAGUAAACAGGUGAUUCGAUCCCAUUCGUCAUUCUCGCUCCGAGUGUGGUUACGCAACGGAGUGGACCACCGCUUAUUCGCAGACGAGCUGUUGAUCGGGCGGGAUUUGGAUUUUGGAGACGUGCCGAUUGCGAGGCUGAGAAGUGCGCUGCCAGGACUGCAGGUGUACGAUGGCCAGGUUGGGCAGGUGAAAGUGCAAUUCCAUGUCAGAUGGCGACGGCUCAGCAUGCGAUUGUACAAAUGCAGAGUAAACUACGACGCUGGUGGUGCGGGGCAGACCCUCAUCGACAACCUACCCCUUCUCAACGACUGCCACCCCCGUUCUGUGACGUUCCUCAUCUACGCCGUUCCCAUCUCGUCUGUGCCUUCCGGGGCAUCGCACCGGCUGCGCGUCUGGCUCAAGCAUGCUGCCACCCCGGGCGGCAACUCGUGUGUGUACGAGCGCAUCUACAAAUGCGAUGCUUUCAGGACCGGGGCGUACCUCGACUUUGGGGCGCUGGGGUCGAGAAUGAUUAUGGCUUCGUCGGAGGGACUGCCCCGUCGACUGUUCCGGUGGAUGAGGAUCAUGUUAUGUUCACAUCUGUGUCGUCUUCAACAAAAGAUGAAUGGGAUGAUUCUAUGGAUCUCGCAUGAUAUUCGGAACUGGGAGACAGAGGGAGACAGGGUCGGAGGGGUGUGACUGCAGAAGUCGAUUCUCGAAUGGACCAGUGCGCGGAGCUAUCUCGACCCUCAGCACCGAUGCUCAACGCAGAACGUCCUGACCGGAAUGCCUUAAUCCUGUGAGACCUGUUCUCACGUUCAAGUCUAUGAAUUCGCAGGAACGCUCCCAGAUGAACGCCAGAGUAACCCAGAGGUCACGCACGAACAGUGUCUGGUGUGCCCGGCACUCGUGCGUUUCCGAGACAGUGCGACACGAGAACGCAGUCAUCUGUUCGCCUAUGCGGAAUUCAUCGUCUUUGGGGAAGCAUGAUUCAUGAGGAGCCGUGCUCUACGCAUCGGUCCAUAUAUAACGGUCAAGGACAGACCCUUCUGCACACGUUUUCCGAUCGCAUCUCAGGUCUGCGUACGCUACAGGAUCUCGGUAGAUGAAAUUCAGAACUGACAUGGCCGAAUGAAGACGCAGCCAUUGUCACAGGAGGAUAUAUGCACAGACCGCCUGAGGAUUGAUCCAAAUCAAUGUUCCCGAGUGUGGAUCAGCGGGAGCACGUGGAUAACAUGUGACCGUAGAAGCGUGUCCUCGGUCUAGUCAUACUCCGAGUGUUCUUGCGCAGACUGUCCCGAAGAGGAGAAGGAGUCUGGCGUAAACGGCCUCGGGAGCAGAGUAAACCGAACAACCUUAGAGAUGAGAUUAUCCGGCAGAACGACUCGUUGGUACAGCAUGUCAAGUGUUUCCUCGCACGGCCGACAUUGCCGAUGAUGGUUCAUAAUUAUCUUCGGCUGCGGUGAUUAGGGGGACUCGAUCGCAUCGCGCUCAGUGCAAGUCAGUCAUUCUUUUGUUGUAUAAAGUGUGGUCCAUCCGACUUCACAAACAACGCACACUCGCACACCGCACCGCAAACUCCGUAAUGAACACUCCACGACUGCUUCGACCUGGAUGCGUGGAAGAUUUCGAUAUAUGUAUGACAUAAAAGUCCGAUUCUCGUACGCGUCCGUCGCCAGCGGGCGCGUAUCAUGGGCAAUGUUCAAGUCCUCGACACUGUCUUGCAUACGUCAUCUUAUACCAAAAUACAUGUGACCAGUCUUGUGUACGAUAUUCAAUCUUCACUGCCCUUAACUGCGCUGUCACUGCGGCGCAGAUAGAGCUGGGGCUUCGAAAACGGUGCUUCUCAAACCCGGAGAUCAAACUCGGGGGAGUGGAACAUCUCGGCCGGGGAGAGGAUAAAAAGCAGGUGCAGUCCAUCUCUUGAACUCAACUCACCAUGUCUCCCUUGCAUAUUCUCCGUGACAAUUCCAGCAAAGAUCUCCCGCCACUCGAUCGCUCCCUAAUCCUCCCGCAGAUCGUAGACCUGCGCCUUGAGAGCUCUGGCGGCAGCACGGCUUUCUCGUUCGCCGAGGAGGAUGAUCAAUCAGGAGUCGUCUCAACUGAUAUCACUCAGUUUGAAUUCGCGCGCGCCGCCCAUCGCGCCGCCCGUCUGCUUUCCCCCGAAAUGCCUCGCGGCGGAGAGAGAGGACGGGUCGUCGCGAUCGUGGCCCUCGCGGACGUGCUCGUGUAUCAGACGAUCGUCCUAGGAUGCAUGAGAGCGGGGCUGAUUCCUUUCCCGAUAUCUCACCGCAACUCAGCUGCGGCAAUAGCGCACUUGCUCGAGUCGACCGACUGCCAUCGCGUGCUCACCACGAAAGCCCCCCUCGAGAACCUUGUUGCCGAUGUCGCAGCUCAGCUCGCUGGGCAGAAUCAGAAGUACGAGCUGUCGGUGGAAGAGAUCCCGUUGCUGGGAGAGCUGUACCCGCAUCUCGGGCACGAAUCGGCAGCCCAUGAAUUCACACCGUACCCGCUCUCCGAUCCCAUUCCACCCAAUACCGACAUCGCGAUCUGCCUGCACUCCAGUGGAAGCACAGGAUUCCCCAAGCCGAUUCGCAUGUCCCAUCGCUUAUUGCUCGAGAUAGCAGCUCUCGGUUCGGUGGGCCAACUCAAAGCGUUUACACCGCGCUUAGCGAGCGGUUUUCUCCCACCAUUCCACGCAGCGGGCUGCUUCACGCAGAUCCUCUUUCCGAUGAUCAACAACGGCACGGCCUGUAUCUUCCCGCCUGCUUCGACAGCGACCGAGUACCACGUCCCGCCCAACGCGACAUCUGAUCUCGCCCUGCACCAUGCGAAGCUCACGAAGGCCGAUGGAGUGUUCGCCGUGCCUACGUUCAUUUUGGAUUGGGCUCGUUCUCCGGAAGCGGUGGACUAUCUCAAGAGCUUGGAUAUGGUCGCAUUCGGCGGAGGACCGUUGACACUCGAGGUAGGCGACGAGCUCAUCGAACAAAGUGUGAAGCUGGUAGCGAUAUUCGGAGCUACGGAAUUCGGAUUGCCAACUAUCAUCAGGGCCAUCAGUGAUCCUCAAGACUGGGCCUGGCUCAAGUUCCCAGACACAGCCAAAAUCCGAUGGGUUCCAGAGGGGAAUGCCAACACAUUCGAGCUCCAAGUCCUAAGCUGCGAUACGCUUCACCCGGCAGUCGAGAACCUCCCGGACGUCCAGGGCUACUCGACGAAAGAUCUGUUCGAACGGCAUCCCACGAAGCCCGACCUCUACCGAAUCAUUGGGCGGUUGGAUGACGUGCUCAUCAUGGCCAACGGAGAGAAAACAGUGCCUGGCCCAAUAGAGAACAUCCUGCUCUCUAGCCCCCAUAUCUAUGGGGUUGUGAUGUUCGGUCGUGGGAGGAACCAAGUCGGAGUGCUGGUCGAGCCGAGCGUAACGUCCAAAGUGGACAUUACAGACCCUGCACAGGUGGCCAAGUUCCGGAAUCUGAUCUGGGAGACAGUACAGAAAGCGAAUGAAAAUGCGCCUGCGUUUGGCCGGAUCUACAAGGAGAUGAUUGUCGUUGCUUCUCGCGAAAAGCCUUUUAUCCGCACCCCGAAAGACACUGUGAUCAAGAAACCCACCCUCGCCUUAUACAGCGCUGAAAUAGAGGCGCUGUACGACACAAUUGAAGCCAGCACUAGUGCCGCGGACGACAUCUCGCCUCCUGACAGCUGGAAUACCCUCGAUCUCGUUCCGUGGCUGUCAGCGCACGCUGCAUCGCUUGCCGAAAAGGACAUCCACCCCGGCGACGAUAUCUUUGACCAGGGCUUUGACAGUCUCAACGCGACGUUCCUUCGCCAUCGGAUCGUCGGCGCGAUGAGCAAGUCGUCCAACCCAAGCUGUAGGGCAGCUGCGCCCAAGAUUCCGCAGGACAUCGUGUAUUCUCAUCCGACAAUCGGGUCGCUCGCAGGUGCUCUAUCGGCACUGGCUUCUGGGACGCUGGUGGAAGCUGUGGAUCACAAGGUUGCUGUCGAGGAGAUGAUCGCGAAGUAUUCGGCUGGAUUGAGCGGGAGCCUGCGCUCCAAGACUCGACCGGACGGCGGCGAGGUCGUACUGCUGACCGGAUCGACGGGCGGUCUUGGCUCGCAUCUCCUCGAGAUCUUGCUCAAGCACCCAUCCAUUCGUCGUGUCUACGCAUUGAACAGACACAACUCUCACGCGACUUCUGGUUCUCGACAGAGUGCUGCGUUUUUGGACCGUGGACUGGAUGCGAAGCUCCUGCUCGACUUGGAAAGGCUCGUGUUCCUCGAGGGCACUGCUGCCGACCUGGACGAGUCUACUUUCGAGACUCUACGAAACGAACUCAGCGUGAUCGUCCACAACGCCUGGACGCUCGAUUUCAAUAAGUCGCUGGCGUCCUUCGAGCCGCACAUCAAAGGCACGCGCAACCUGAUAGAUCUCGCCCUUGCCUCGGAUACUGGAGUUCGCUUCCUCUUCACGUCAUCCAUCGGAACAGCUGUCGGCUGGGAUCCAAAACGAGGUCCCUUUCCGGAGGAGCUUCAGCUAGACCCGACCGCUGCUUUGGGCUUGGGAUACGGGGAGGGCAAGCACGUAGCCGAGCGGAUCAUUGCUGCAUCCGGACUAGAUGCCACGUCUUUCCGUAUUGGGCAGGUAUGCGGAUCAGCUCAAACGGGAGCGUGGUCCACGACCGACUGGGUUCCGAGUCUCGUCAAAUCCAGCAUCGCGCUGGGUGCCCUGCCGUCGGAGCCCGCCGGACAGAUCGCGUGGCUCUCGCCGGAGGCCGUGUCGCAGGCCAUUGUCGAUGUCGCCGUGUGCGAAGAGCGAGCACCCGGGGCGAUGAAUCUCGUCCAUCCAAGGCCUGUCGCGUGGGAUGUUAUAAUGACCGGGAUUGCGGGCACCCUUGAUCUUCCACUGAUUGCGUUUCCGGAGUGGAUCGAGCGGCUCAAGCAAGCCGCGGUGGAUGCGACUGCUGAGGAUUUCGAACGGAUUCCCGGAAUCAAACUGAUCGAGUUUUUCGAAUCAGCCGGGGUGGCGACGGGUGCGAUCCAGUUUGCGACGGCCGUCUCGCAAGAGUAUAGCCCAGCCUUCAGGAACUUGAAGUUUUUAGACUCGGAUGACGCGAAGAGAUGGAUUACAUACUGGCACGAGAAGAGUUUCAUUUGAAUAGCUUCUGUAAAAUGGCACCAACUUUAUUUGUUGGAGAGACCUGUGUUUCUUGGACUGUAGCAAGGAUUAUCUGGUCAGAUCAAGGCAGCCUGUACUAUGGAGACGUUGUUGGCAUCCCUCAACUGAAUGCCAAAAAGUAGAUAUAGGUCAAAGAUAUCAAUAUACACAAGCAUUUCAUUUGUAAGCAAGUAGCAGCAAGAACAAGAACAGUAACAAUAUAACAUGCUUAAUAAGGCUCAUCAUGAGUACUCAUCUCUACACUUUUACACACAGACACCAAGGAAAAGAGCAA